UAUUUUUCUGGUGAGGUGAUACUAUUGAAUUCUCGGGUUAACCAAAUAAUCGGGUCAGUUUAUACUUCCAAUUUUCCCUUUUCUUCCCCCAAUUUUCAAGCUCUCUUGAUUUCCCUUUCUCCACACAUCUGAAGCUCUCGCCGGGCUCGCCGCAACUCGCCUCCCUCCCUGCUCGUCGCAACUCCCUUACUCGCUUGUGUAGAUUUCAUAUUUGAUUCUGCAUUCCACCGCUCUUACUACCGCUCCGAGGGGUAGUUUCUUGUGUUUAGAAGUACGUACUAUAUGAUACAUUCCAGGUAUGUUUGAGGAUUGAUGUUUACUGCUUUUUUAAUUCACUUUGCUUCGUGCGGAACGGUGUCUCUGGAAUCAAAAGCUAUUGGGGGUGUUUAUGCAUCAACCUCUUUAUAUGAAUAUAGAGCUAUCUCGAUCCUCCAAUAGAAGACUGCUGUUCUUUACAACUCACUCAGAAUAAUAAAGUUAUCAUUCUGUACCUUGGAAUGUUGGACCGGAGAAACAUGGACGUGUUCUUGGUUAUGGGGUAGGUGUUACCCCUUCUGAGUUUGGAUCAUCGUCUAAGGCUCGUUAGUUUCCAUGUAAAUGGUCAACUUGAACAAUAGCUCAGGCGAUGACUCUACUAGUCUGACACAAGAGCGAGGCUUAACACAAUGCAACUGGUACCAAAUCAUGAUGAGAAUAAAGAUGAUAUUCUGGAACGUGCGCCCAUUUUAAGUCAAUUGGAUUUUCUGCCACAGUCUGUGGGGUCGUCAUCCUCUGCUGAGAUUGCUGAGAUUAUAGCUAUAGGGAGAGAGAGCUCUGUUAGUGAUGAUGAUUUACACAAUCCUAACAUUGAUGAAACUUGUCAUCUGGUGAAUGACCAACCACAAUGUCGUAUAUGCCUUGACACUGGAGGAGAAGAUUUAAUUGCUCCAUGCCAUUGCAAAGGCACUCAAAAGUAUGUCCAUAGAUCUUGUCUUGAUAAUUGGAGGUCCACAAAGGAGGGCUUUGCUUUUGCUCAUUGUACAGAGUGCAGAGCUAUGUUUGUGUUACGUGCAAAUGUCCCUCCUGAUCGCUGGUGGUUGAGACUGAAGUUUCAAUUUCUUGUUGCUAGGGACCAUGCGUUCAUUUUCAUCAUUGUUCAACUGAUUGUGGCAUUCUUAGGGGUGUUGGUGUAUAAAUUUUACGGAGAGGAACUAAGGGAAAUGUUUGGCUAUGAAGAACACCCAUACGGGUUCUAUGCCAUGGCUGCCAUUAUAUGCGGGCAGAGGAUAAAUGAACGCCACUACCAUGUUCUCGCUAAGCAAGAACUGACAAAGGAAUAUAUAGUUGAAGAUCGAGAACAUAACAAGAACGUUCCUGAAUUAGACCCCAGUCAUGUUAUGGAGCUAAGGUUGUUGGGCCUGUAUUAAUCUGAAAUCUUUCGCUGAAUCCAUUGUGCACUUCACUUCCAGUUAGUAUUGAUCUUGCGGAUGUACUUUCAGUCUGGUCAAACAAAGCAAUUUGCCAGCAAGAAGUGUAUUUCCGAAAUCCCCUGAAUUCAUAUCGAACAACGUGUUUGUUUCAUUCUCGUUGUUUAUCCAAGCGAUCUGUUUGAACAAAUAAAUGCAGUGGAAAGGCAUAAUAUUUGAGAGGAGAAUUCUUGCUGGGAGUUGCUUUGAUUUUAUUAAUUUUGUUGUAUAAAUGGACAUUUUACAUUAUGGGGAAAUUAUUUCCUCCCCUCCCCUCCCCUCCCGCUUACCCCUGAAGUUUUAUUCUCAUUUCAUAUAUCAUUUUGAAUUUUUAUUUUCUUUUGUUGAUAAAAAAUGGCUUGUUUAAAUUAGUGGAUUAAAUCUUAUAUUUA